AUGAAUCUCAUGGCUCCGAACAAUGUGACUGAAUUUGUUCUCUUGGGUCUCACACAGAAUCCACACUUGAAGAAAAUACUCUUUGUUGUCUUUUUGUUCAUUUUCUUGUUCACUGUGCUGGCCAAUCUAUUCAUUAUCAUCACCAUCUCCCUCAGUCCCACACUUUCUGCCCCCAUGUACUUCUUUCUCACUCACUUGUCUUUCAUAGAUGGCAUCUUCAGCUCUGUCACCACCCCCAAAAUGAUCAUUGACCUGCUGUACCAGAGGAGAACCCUCUCCUGGGGUGGCUGCCUGACUCAGCUCUUUCUGGAGCACUUCCUGGCAGCAUCAGAGGUCAUUGUUCUCAUGUCCAUGGCCUAUGACCGCUAUGUGGCCAUCUGCAAGCCUCUGCACUACACGGCCAUCAUGCGACAGGGGCUCUGCCAGCUCCUGGUGGUGGUGGCCUGGAUCGGAGGGAUCUUACAUGCCACCGUGCAGAUGUUAUUCACUAUGGACUUGACCUUCUGUGGCCCCAAUAUUAUUAACCACUUCAUGUGUGAUUUCUUUUCACUGUUGGAAAUUGCCUGCAGCAACACUUACAGGCUGGGAAUGGUAGUGGCCACUAACAGUGGGGGCAUGUGUUUACUUAUUUUUUUAAUGCUGCUCAUCUCCUACAUAGUCAUCCUGAGCUCCCUGAAAUCCCAAGGUUCUGAAGGACGGCGCAAAGCCCUCUCUACAUGUGGCUCCCACUUUACAGUAGUGGUGCUCUAUUUUAUCCCUUGUAUAUUCACUUAUACCCGUCCGGUGAUCAGUUAUCCUGAAGACAAGUUGGUGAGUGUGUUCUUUGCGAUCCUCACUCCCAUGUUAAAUCCUAUCAUUUACACAGUGAGAAACACAGAGGUGAAAAAUGCUGUGAGGAGUUUGUUGAAGAGGAGAGUAGUGUAG